AAGAGCUGCAACACCAGGGAUUAUGGACCAUCCUUCAAAAAAGAAUAUAUUAACUGAUGUAAAAAAGGAUAACGCACUUGAAAAGUAUGGCGAUAAAGUAAUUGAUAUCGUUCGUGUAUUGGACAACGAAGAUGUGUCGAAUUUGUCAACCAUAAAGGCAAGUAAUAAAUGUGAUUGGGCAGAUUGGAUAAUUGUUAGAGAAGGAAAAGGAUCAAGACAAAUAGGCAGUCUAGUGAACGGUGUAUAUAAAAUGAGGGACGAGAUUUCCGAAGAUUGGGUGUUGAUUGAUGCUGGUUCAAUAAUGGUUCAUUUAUUCACUGAGGAAGCACAUGAUCUUUAUGAUUUAGAGACUUUGGGCAAAUAUUUCCGAGAUAGGAAAACAAUCAACCAUUAA